UAUUGUACAGGCUGAGCUGUGGGCAGCUUAGUCCUGGUUCUGGAGUCGGUGCCGAGGGCUUUCCUUCUGCACGGCCUGGCACCUGGGGCAGUCCAGAGUGCUGUGCGAGGGGCCGCACUAUCUUCCCGGGGAGGAAUGUCAGGCCACACCUUCAGCGAGCGCCUGAUAACAGAGGAAAGUUGUGUUGUAAACACACAAAGACUCAUUGUGAGGAAGAGGAAACCUUUCAGAUUACACGAACGCGCAUCGCUUCAGGAUUCUGCAAACUUGUUUGUCACUUUCCGUCCUUUUUGCACGCCGGCCAGGAGAUCGGAUCGUCCUCCUAAAGAGAUGAACGGGAAAUUGACCGCAGAAUAAUGCGCACCUUUGUCACCCGUAAUGGGCCCGCUGUCUGUGUACAGAACAGAGUUUGCAUCGCCUGCCAAUCACAGUAAGAAAUGGGACUUCAACGCAGCAGUGAAUGACUACGACCAACUACGGCAGCCACAUGCUGGCGGCCCAGCCCAAAACUUCAACGACCCGCGAAGUUACAAACCCCAAGACACGGCCCGACCCAUGAGGCCAGCGCUGCAGCGGCAAGAUGAUAUACAAGAGAAACGCCUGUCCCGAGGCAUCUCCCACGCCAGCUCCUCCAUUGUUUCCUUGGCUCGAUCGCACGUCUCCAGCAACGGCAGUAACGAUCACCCGCUGGAAACCCCGGUGUGCACCUUCCAGCUGCCAGACCUGACGGUAUACAGCGAUGACUUCCGCAGCUUCAUCGAGCGGGAUCUCAUAGAGCAGUCCAUGCUGGUCGCCUUGGAGCACGCCGGUCGCCUCAACUGGUGGACACAGGUGGACCCGUCAUACCAGAGGCUCCUCCCUUUGGCAACCACAGGCGAUGGGAACUGCUUGCUGCAUGCUGCCUCUCUUGGGAUGUGGGGCUUUCACGACAGAGACCUCAUGCUCCGCAAAUCUCUCUAUACUUUGAUGGACAAGGGUGCAGAGAAAGAGGCGCUGAAGCGGAGAUGGCGGUUUCACCAAACUAUGCAGAAUAAGGAGUCUGGCCUGGUCUACACGGAAGAGGAGUGGCAGAAAGAGUGGAAUGAUUUAAUAAAGCUUGCUUCCAGUGAGCCACGUAUGCAUUAUGGCACCAACGGUGGCAACGGUGGCGGGAUUGACAGCGCUGAGGAGCCGGUGUACGAGAGCCUGGAGGAGUUUCACGUCUUUGUACUUGCACAUGUCCUUAAGAGACCCAUAGUGGUGGUGGCAGACACCAUGCUGAGGGAUUCUGGUGGAGAAGCCUUCGCUCCAAUACCCUUUGGGGGCAUCUAUCUUCCCCUGGAGGUCCCACCCACCAAGUGCCACAGCUCCCCGCUUGUGCUGGCCUAUGACCAAGCCCACUUCUCUGCCCUGGUGUCCAUGGAACAGAAUGAGCAAAGCAAGGAUCAAGCGCCUUUCAUCCCCCUGACCGACUCUGAGCACAAGCUACUUCCUGUGCACUUUGCAGUGGAUCCCGGCAAGGACUGGGAAUGGGGCAAAUACGACUCCGAUAAUGUCCGACUGGCAAGCGUCACAUUAUCUCUGGAAGCCAAGUUAAACUUUUUGCAUAAUUACAUGACGGUCACCUGGCUUUCUCUGCCAUGCGAGACGCAGGCUCCUCUCGCCCAGCCAGAGUCGCCAACGGCAUCUGCUGGGGACGAUGCAAGGUCAGCCGCAGAAUCUGGAGAGUCGGACAAAGAGUCUGUGUGCAGCAGCUCGGCAAGCAAUGGAGGCAGCAAGAGCGGGAAGGAGAAGGAAAAAGACAAGUCCAAAAAGGAGAAAGAUAAAGAGAAGGAGAAGAAGAGAGCCGAUUCGGUGGCCAACAAGUUGGGUAGCUUUGGCAAGAGCUUGGGGAGUAAGCUGAAGAAGAACAUGGGAGGACUGAUGCAUAGCAAGGGCGGCAAGUCCGGCAUGACCAACGGACAGGGUGACACGCUUGAAAAGAAAAAGAAGGGCUCCCUCAAGGGUCGGAAAGGGAGCAAGGAUGAUUCCUCCCAAGGAGACUUGUCUACGUCGUCUGAGAAAUCUUCUGUCAAAUCCACAAGUGACAAAAGCCACUGCGAUCCUUACAAGUACAGUAAUGAUGUCAAGCUGAGUCUCAGCAUCUUACGGGCGGCCAUGCAAGGCGAACGCAAGUUUAUUUUCGCCUGCCUGUUAAAAACUAGCGAUCGACAGCCGUACCAAAAGCAGAUGAUCCAGCGGUAUCUGGCCGAUGCCCAGGAGAGGUUUGUAGCGGAGCAGAAGCAGAGAGAGGCAGAGAAAAAGACUCUGAUGAACUGCGGCACAGCCAAGCGGUUGGAGCAGGACAUGUUGCAAACUAAAGGAGACGAUAUGCUUCCGUUGCCCACCUAUGCCCAGGCGACUGGUAACUAUGGAAUGGCGGGCAUGGACUAUGGUGUGGGUGUGAAAGGAGCACUACCUUCCAGCUACUCCGGGGGGUUUACCAUCCCGAGACCUUCCAUAGUGAACGCAGAUGGUGCUCAUAGCUACCAGGACAGUAGGAGGCAAGUCGCGGGUGGGCCUUGUAACGGCAUGCCCUCUUACGUCACUCUCCCCCGCCAACCUGUACAGGGUCGGCUUAACGCCUACCAGCCUAGUCCGCUACAAUCGGGCGGCAUUUCUCCCUCAGAGACUGAGCUUCCUCCGGUGUACCCCGAAGUCACUGACCAGACGGUCUGCAUCACGCACAGCAACGGCUACAGAGAAUACGCAGACCCCACCCCCCUGUCCAGAUCCGCGAACUCUGACAGCAGCAAAACCCGGACACAUUAUAAUGUCCAGCAGACCAAGUGUAAGCAAGUCCACUGCACUUUUUACGGACGUCCCGAAACGGGGAACUACUGCUCGUGCUGUUACAAGGAGGAAAUGAGGCGGAAAGAGCGGGAGAAAGAGGCUUUAAUUCACAGGUUCUGACGAGCUGACAUAUGUAGUGUGUUUGACUUGUAUUCCACAAAGUGUUCCAGCAGGGGGCAGCAAAGGGGAGGAUGCAAUAGUGUUGAUGGGACUUCUCCUUCAUGUGUUGCCUGGGUGCUUAGAUCUCCGUCUAGAGUACGUUCAAACCAGCCGAUGAAAACUUUGGAGGGCGUUUCCGGGACGAGCACCGAUUUUUUUUUUUUUUUGGUUCCCAGGAGCGAAAUAGAAGAAAAAAAUAAAAAUCAGGACUUAAAAAAAAAAUGCAAUUUGAUAUUUUUAUGUGACAACCUAAUUUUUGAUUGUCUCUUUUAGCACUUUAGGUAAAAGUAUAAGUAUACUGACAUUUGUUUUUUUUGUUUGUUUUAUUUAAAACCACAGCCGUCAUGCUUAAUCUGGUUUUAAAAGUUUAUCUCCCCCCCC